AUGCAGAGCUUGCCUGCGCGUCGUGCGCCAGCGCAACAGCGUUUUUCUCCAAGUAAAGCCCCGAAUCCAUCCGCCUACAUCCCAAAGCUAACCAUCCAGAACACCCGCUUCCCCCAGAACUCCUUCCAGACCUCCCUCUUCCGCGCCUCCCAGCCAUCCCCUCGCAGACUCGCCUCCUCCAACGCCGGCGCCUCCGAAGCCUCAACCUUCGCCACCCAAAGCCCUCCCCACGCCAUCCCGCCCGACGCCAACAUUCCCGCUCCCAAUGUGAAGCCGAACCCCGGAGAGACCAGCGCAGGUGCGCCGAGCAUGGCGAGCCUGGCGCGCGAGGUACGGAAGCGGGCUGGCGCGGCGACGGAGACGUAUAUCGCGUAUGCGGUGACGGAGAAGCUGUUCAAGGAGUGCGCACGGCAGGCCGACUAUUCUAUUCCGGCUGUAUUGGAGAAGGGAGGCGUGGCGCCUAAGACGGAGGCGGGGGAGGAUUUGGGUGUGGGGGAGGGAUGGUGGUAUAAUGAACUCGGCCUCACCCCCACCUUCAACACCUGGGCCCAAGUCUCCUUCAUCCACAUGUACCUCCUCACGAUCCGCUUCCGCCAAUUCCCCGCCGCCCACGCGCCCGCAUGGCACCAGCACCUCCUCGACCACUUCUUCUACGACGCCGAGAACCGCAUGGCACUGUACCACGGCAUGGCGGCCCGGGGCGUGCGCAACAAGUACCUCAAAGACCUCUUCGUGCAGUGGCGCGGCGUCAUUGCGGCUUAUGACGAGGGGCUCGUGAAGGGGGACGCCGUGCUUGCGACGGCGGUAUGGCGGAAUGUCUUUAAGGCGGAUGAGAACGUGGAUGCGGUUAAGCUGGCGGAGAUUGUGAGUUAUAUGAGGAGGUGGGCGGGGAAGUUGGAUGGGAUGGAUGAUGCGGAUGUGGCGGCGGGGGGGAUUACGUUUGGGGGCGCGGAGAAGGGGAGGAAGGACGUGCUGGAGGAGAGUGAGAGGUUGAGGGAGGCACUUUAG